AUGAGUGACCACUAUGUGAAGGUGAGGGUACAGCUGGAGCACAUGAAGGUGCCCGGACGGGCGCUGGAGGGAGAAGCAGUUGAAGCAGGGGUCGGGGAGGGCCCUGUUCAGAAACCGGCGGCGGAACCCGUGCCGCCGGGUGCUCCUCCUGGUCCCGAUGGUGCUUCUGGGCGGAGGAGGGAUGCUGGAGGCCCGCCUGCACCCGGCAGAAGUGCGGCGAAGGGUCGGAGCGCGCGGAGUGCUGUCGGCAAGGACUCGGGCGAUGUUGCUGCCAACGGCGGCGAGCAGGGUUUGGAUGGUGGGCAAGGGGCAGCGGAGAACACCUCGGGGGAUGCGUCCGAUCGCAACAGCAGCGAGCCAACGCUUCAGGUCCAGGGGAAGCCGAAAGUGCUCCAGGGGAAGACGGAGAGCAACGGCGUUACGGUUCCCAGCAUCCAGCUGAAGGAUGCGAAGAGCCAGUACAUCAAAGACGAAGGCAGCAAACUUGUCAAAAAGAAGAGGCCGGUGACGGUUGACACCUCCAAAGCCAAGACCUCGCUGGAAGCGCUCAAAGUGAGCAUCAGGCAGCUUAAGUGGAAAGAGUUUCCCUUGGGUCGUCGAGUGGCCUGCGAUAUAUACUGGCAUGGAGUGUCCUUCCACGAUAACGAAAACAUAGUCUCUGGCCAAGUCAACAAGUUUCCUGGUAUGAUUGAGAUGUUGCGGAAGAUCAACCUUAGCAGGGCGGUGCGGACCAUGCAGGAACUCUUUCCGGAAGAGUACAACUUCUACCCCCGCUCUUGGAUAAUGCCGGAGGAGUUCCAGCUCUUUAACACCCAGAUCCGCAUGGCAAAGGAUAGUGAUGUCACCUGGAACCCAACGUUCAUUGUAAAGCCGGAUGGUGGCUCCCAGGGGGAUGGGAUCUACCUUAUCCGGGAUCCCCGGGACCUGCGGUUGGCAGCAGGCGCUCACAGCAAGCAUGCUAUUGUGCAGGAGUACAUCCAGAAGCCCCUGCUCAUCGACAAGCUGAAGUUUGACAUCCGCCUGUAUGUCCUGGUCAAGUCACUAGAGCCACUAGAGAUCUACAUCGCCAAAGAAGGCUUGUCGCGCUUCUGCACUGAACCAUACCAGGAGCCAAGUCCGAAGAACCUCAAUCGCGUCUUCAUGCACCUCACCAAUUACUCGCUCAACGUGCACAGCGGCAACUUCAUCCACUCAGACAGCUACAACACAGGCAGUAAGCGCACUUUCUCCAGUGUGCUGUAUCGCCUGGCAUCCAAGGGUGUAGACAUCAAGAGGGUGUGGUCUGACAUAAUAUCUCUGGUCAUAAAGACAGUCAUUGCCCUAGUGCCGGAGCUCAAGGUGUACUACCAGGCUGAUAUCCCACCUGGAAAACCAGGACCCACCUGCUUUCAGAUACUGGGCUUUGACAUCCUACUGAUGAAGAACCUAAAACCUGUCCUGCUGGAGGUCAAUGCUAAUCCCAGUAUGAGGAUUGAACAUGAGCAGGAGGUGUCUCCAGGUGUGUUUGAGUACGUGCCCAGUCCUGUAGAUGAAGAGGUCAAGGUGGGGGUCAUCCGUGACACACUGAGACUUGUGGAUCCUGCACAGAGGAAGACUUUGUCACUCCUGCCAAGCGGCAGCUCACAACCACAGGAGAACAUCCAGGGGGCAGGUUUACAUGACAAGGCAGAGGUGGAUGAUGGGCCACAGGUGGAGAACAACCUGCCGUCACUGUGCUUGAAGCAGGUCUUUCCUAAAUACACCAAGCAGUUCAACUAUCUGCGUCUGGUGGAGCGCAUUGCUGGCCUCUUCGUGCGCUUCCUGGGGGUCAAGGGAACCAUGCGCCUGGGUCCCACUGGCUUCCGCACCUUCAUUAGGAACUGCAAACUCAGCAAUAGCAGCUUUUCCAUGGCAUCCGUGGACAUCCUGUACAUCGACAUCACACGACGCUGGACGGGUAUGGUGUCUGACUCCAGGGAGGCAGGGAUGAGCCUCCAGGCCUUCGUGGAGGCCUUCUUCUACCUGGCACAGCGACGCUUCAAGGCCCUGCCCCUGCGGGAGCAAGUGCUCUCCCUGUUGGAGCUGUGCGAAGUGCAUCUGGAGAGCCCAGAGGAGAAACGGUCCUCCAGAAGCACUGUUGAGAGAAAGACGAUGGCCCCGCUCCCGCUGGGCUCCCCGGCUGCCCCUCGCAAGUCCCCUGGCUACGGGCUCCACCAGACCCUGCGGCCCACCCUCAAGGGAAACGUGGAAAACUAAACUUUCCCUAGUUGCGUUGCAGGUUCCUGUUCUUGUGUUGGGGUCUCUCUGGCUGACAUCACUGAUUGGUGCUUAACAACAGCUGGGUCUUUGUCACAGGCACAUACUUAACCUGGCUGUGACACGAAACAAAGGUAAAUUCUCUGGGUCAUUGGCUUUUCCUGACAGUGCAAUGAAGGAGCAAUUCUUUGCUGCUGUGCUUCAUUUGUCCAUUGUGUCAGUUCAGGGUCUUAGAGAUGAGAAGACAAAAUAACAAAAACUCAUCUUUUAGGUUAAAUUAUUGGUUUCACCUGGGUUUUUAUCUUCCCCUUGAAAUAGCAGGCUGUCUCUCUUCAGGGAAAUCUUAGGAAGUUUUAAUUACACAGGCUUCUGAGUGAGUGGUCAGUACAGCUUAAACGCCACGAAGGUGGAGAAAAACGGUAUCUCGCCCUCGUGUGUCAAAAACCGUGUUUUGCACAACAACUUUGAAACAAAUUCCUUCCGAACCAAAUUCUAGCAGCAGGGCUACUGUUGCUCCUGCCAUGGACAUGAAUUGGUUUCUGAAGUUCUCCAUUUUCACUGCAUGUCUGUGACUUUGGUUCACUCCAGGUUUAAGGAGUCUUAUUCUCAUUGAUUAGGGAUUGGUACUUGAUCAAAUAAAGCAGCUUAAGUCAAAUACGUGUGUGAUUAUACAGUGUAGGAAUGAAAAAGGAACACUCCAUAGUUGAUUAUAUCCUUGUUUAAUUUAUUUUAAGAGGAAUGCAUUAUUUUAAAUUUAUUUUUUUCACUUUACUGAAAAUGAGCAUAAUAUGAAGAACUUUAUUUAUGCAGUACUUCUGAGGGGGAAUGAGAAUUUUUCUUUUUUUACAGCACAUUUCUUUUUCAACCAUGUAACCUGCCUGGUAAUAAUAAACAAUAUUCUAGAGAAAUAUACUCAGAUAAAAUGUGUUUUUGCAUUCACUGGAUAUUUAGCACCACUUCAGAAAACUCAAACAUUAUAUUUACUAUUUCAAAAGGCAAUAUCAGUAAAAUAGAAACUGCUUUGUAUUGCGGGGAAAAGAUAUGGUGUGCAUUUUCUGUUACCCUUUUCUCAUUGAAGCAAAAUAAAUCAAUAUUUUAACGGGAUGUUUGUGGUCAAUGAAGAGGUGUUACAGGACGAAAAACACUUUAGGUCAGAUGUUUUCAGUCAUGGUCCCCUUAGACA